AUGGGUAACUUUCGGCUCCUCGCCGGGGUUCUCGUCGCUUUCUUGAUAUCAUCCUCAACAGCGCAUAAACGUAAAACGAUAUUCGGUUAUCGUUUUGGCGGAGGACGAGUGACACCGCCAGCCACUAAGGACCUAAUCAAAGAGCGAGCCGGCGUAACCGGUGAGGGCUAUUUCUCUCAACUCCUCGACCAUUUCACCGAUGACAACACCACAUGGAAUCAGCACUAUUACUUCAACUACGAGUUUCAACGGAGAUACGAAGGAGCCAGCAACAACGUGGCUUUUCUGAUGAUCGGUGGAGAGGGGCCAGAGUCGCCCUACUGGAGUCGAAAUCCCUCAUUGCCUUGGAUGCAGUGGGCUGACGAGCACAACGCUGCCGUUUUGGAUUUAGAGCAUCGCUUCUAUGGGAAAAGUCAACCAUUUGCACGACAAACUGUUGAAAAUUUGAAAUAUCUCUCGUCUCGGCAAGCUAUUGAAGACUUGGCAUUUUUCAUUAAAUACAUCAAUAAGCAAAAUGGAUGGACGGGAACGAAAUGGGUUGUGUUUGGCGGAUCGUAUCCCGGAGCACUUGCUGCUUGGUUCCGUCAAGCGUAUCCUGAGUUGGCCAUUGGAGCUGUCGGAUCAUCGGGCCCAGUUCAAGCAACCAUGGAUUUCUACGAAUAUCUCCAAGUGGUGGAGAAUUCACUCGCUUACAAUGGCACCGAUAACGCAAAGGGAUGGCAAUUUGGUUCAAACGAGUGCUUGAAUGCCGUGAAGAAAGCCUUUUCUGGAGUAAUGGAGUUGAUGAAAACGCCUGAUGGUCGAGAUCAAUUGACAACAAACUUUGGACUUGUGCCCGGCUUGAACGAACUCUCACUAAACUACAACGACAUUCAGUACUUCUAUCAGACGAUCUUCGGACAGUUUAUGGGCAUUGUGCAAUACUCGAAUGGCCAAGGUAGAAACGACGCGGAUAGCAUUGCUGCAGUGUGCGACAUUAUGGUGAAAACUGAUCCAAUGACCGGGCUAAUCAAUGUCGCCAAAUAUCUCAACAGCGAUGAAAGCGGGAACUAUUUGGGUCUUUACAACAACUACACUGGAGAUGUCGAAUAUCUGAAAGAUGAUAGCUACAAUGACUUAGAUCUUGCCGCCGCUCGCAGUUGGAUCUGGCAAACUUGUACCGAGUUUGGAUACUAUCAAUCAACCGACUACACGCCAGGAGUUUUUGGAGCCACUUCUCCGUUGAGUCUUUCGAUCAACACGUGCAUAGACAUCUAUGGCUCUCAAUUCACCGCCGAUUACAUCAACAAAGCCGUCAAAGACACAAAUGACUAUUAUGGAGGAACUGAUGGAUAUUCGGGAACGAAUGUCGUCUUACCAAAUGGGGAUCUCGAUCCAUGGCAUGCUUUGGGCAGAUAUCGUUCUGAUCACUAUUCUCAAGUCACUUAUCUGGUUGAAGGUGGCUCACAUUGUGGAGAUAUGUACGCACCGUCCAGUGGCGACACUCGAUUCAAUAAGAUCCACGCAAUUAUCGCUCGCCAGAUCACCAACUGGCUCACUGGACCUCCAGAAGUUGCAAAAGCCACAAAAAAUCAAAAAGACGAAACAAUAGCAAGAUUGGCGAAGAAAUUCCCGAGUCACGCCAAACCAUUCACACCGAAAAUCACGGAUUUUGGCAAGAAAUUGCCGGAUGAUGGAUUUGCCAACUAUCCAGUGAGUCGAAAAGUUCCAAUGCUCAGGAAUCGGCCCAGAGUCAUUACACCCGAAUUUAACCUCAACAAUGCGGACCUCAGCGGGUACUCGGCUUUCACAUUCACUCAACCAAAUGCCCAUUUUGAUAACACGGUUCCUGAGACUUUUGAGCAGCGAUGGUGGAAAAACACGCAAUGGGCUCGCACAGGUGGCCCGAAUUUCUUGAUGAUUGGCGGAGAGGGACCGGCUAAUCCAGCAAAAUGGGUGCUAAAUGAGAAUGUCACUUUUACAAAGUACGCUGCUUUAUAUGGGGCUAAUGUGUACUAUAUGGAACAUCGAUGCUAUGGAGAGAGUCACGUUCUCGGAAACUCCACUUACAAAACCGACUAUAUAAUGGGACUUUGCAAUGCUUGGGAAUCCCUCUGGGAUCUAAAACUCUUUAUCGAAACCGUCAACGAUGUAGAAGGGAAUACAGCACCGUGGAUCACUUUUGGUGGAUCUUAUUCGGGAAUGCUCUCACUGUGGGCUCGUGACAAAUUCCCCAAUCUAAUUGCUGGCGCUGUUGGCAGUUCUGCUCCAAUCAACGUCAAACUUGAUUUUUACGAGUACAUGACUGUUGUGGAAAACUCGCUUCGCAUGUAUGACAAUGAUUGUGCUGAAGCUGUGAAGGCUGGUUUUACUCAAAUGCAGCAACUGACCCUGACUCCAGCAGGAAUCAAAACCCUUUCUGAUACGUUCAGCCUUUCACCAGCCUGGGAUGAAAAUUCAAAGCUGAGCGAAAUCGAUCUUCAAUUCUUCUUCAGUAAUAUCUUCGGGAACUUCCAGGGAGCCGUUCAAUAUUCGGGAGACAACACUGGGUGGUACGCCAACAAUGAAGGGGACAUUGGUGGAGUUUGUGCCAUAAUGAAGAGUCAAAGCGAUGCACUUCAAUCACUCGCCGCUGUCAAUAAAUACAUGUCACAAUAUUAUGGAGCCACGGAGCCCUUCACGACUUUCAACAACUAUACAGAGAUGAUCGCCGAGUUGAGAGAUCUUUCUGCUGGAGCCGACCGUACUUGGACCUAUCAGACUUGUGUUGAAUUUGGAUUCUUUCAAUCGACUGAUGCUGGCUACAACAUUUUCGGAUCACCAACACCUGUGAACAUGUAUCUUCAAAUGUGUUACGAUAUUUUUGCAAAAGAUCCUGGUGCUCAAAGAAUCGACUAUUCAACGAAACAAAUCCAACAACAAAUUGAUGAUAUCUAUGCUUUCUUUACUGCUAACUUCAAUGCUUCCAAUAUUGCCGCCCCGAACGGAAACGUGGAUCCGUGGCAUGCUUUGGGAUUGCUUCGAGAGACAGCUCCUGGACAAGCGAUUAUUCCGAUAAACGCCACGGCUCAUUGUGCCGAUAUGUACCCCGAGAGAGCUAGCGAUCCGCAAGGGUUGAAGGACGCUCGAGCAAUGAUUGGGACCUUGUUGGGACAAUGGACUCAAACUGAUCCGAUUACUGGAAGUCCGAUAGAUGACAACUCCUGCCAAGUACUCUUUGUGAUCGACGGCUCUGAUACCUGGUCAUCAUUCAAAGCUGAGAAGAUCGCGGUUCAAACAAUUGCCAAUCUCGUCUACGACAAUCAAGAGAAAAACUUCCGUGCAAACUUUUGGAUGUACGGAGAUUCGAGUCAGAGCGGGGCGCUUCCAGAGAGCUUCUAUGAUCAAACAGGCGACUUCGCAAAUGCUUUCGAUGAAUUGCUAAAGUCUGGAGGAAGACAAACAGUUGCUGACGCAACGAAUCAACUCAAUCAAUGGGAUUUGCGAGCUCCAGUGAUCGUUCUCUUUGUCUCAAGCUCACAAAGCCAAAUAGAUACAGCCGGCCAAAGCUACACGCAACGUGGACGAACAAUUGCUGUUCAUCAAAAUGAUGGAAUGGAUCUUUCGGCGAUCUCCGAAUGGCCCGAUUUUCGAGUCUACGACUAUCACCCACUUCAAGAGCAAAUUUUGAAUGUUUGCAAGAGAAAAAUUAGUUUU